GGCCAAUGAGCGUGUGGCGGGCGGGGCUGGUGCCACCAACAUGGCGAAGACCUACGACUACCUGUUCAAGCUGCUGCUGAUCGGCGACUCGGGCGUGGGCAAGACCUGUGCCCUGUUCCGCUUCUCCGAGGACGCCUUCAACGCCACCUUCAUUUCCACCAUCGGUAUCGACUUUAAAAUUAGAACAAUAGAACUCGAUGGCAAGAGAAUCAAGCUGCAGAUCUGGGACACGGCCGGGCAGGAGCGGUUCCGGACCAUCACAACCGCCUACUACAGGGGAGCCAUGGGCAUUAUGUUAGUGUAUGACAUCACCAAUGAAAAGUCUUUUGAAAACAUUCGGAACUGGGUGAGGAAUAUUGAAGAGCAUGCCUCUCCAGAUGUUGAAAAAAUGAUCCUGGGGAACAAAUGUGAUGCAAAUGACAAAAGACAAGUCUCUAGAGAGCAAGGGGAGAAGCUUGCUGCAAGUUUCGGGAUUAAAUUCAUGGAGACCAGUGCAAAAGCAAAUAUAAACAUAGAGAAUGCAUUUUUCACUCUUGCGAGAGAUAUCAAAGCAAAAAUGGACAAAAAGUUGGAAGGCAAUAGCCCUCAAGGCAGCAACCAGGGAGUCAAAAUCACACAAGACCAGCAAAAGAAAAGCAGCUUUUUCCGAUGUGUUCUUCUGUGAGGGACACGGCCUUAAUCUGAGCUGGACUGUGCCUGUGCUAAGUGAGGUUUCCUCUUUCUGUGGACUUAGUGCUCCCAACAUACCUUGUCACUUUGUGACCAUCUGAAUAAGAAAUGGUUUAUUUUGGUAACUGUCUGACUCUUCAAUUUUGGAGAUGAAACAAGUUUAUUUUUGUCAGAUUGCCACGGGGUGUGUAUUGUCUAGCAGAUGAAGAAUGGAUCGCGUGACCUGGGAUGCAGCACCAUUGCUGACAGACUUCGAUCUUCAUUCAUAUCUGUCACGUAUCCAGUUUAGAAAGAUGAAGUUGUGAUCAAAAUAAGAAACUUAAAUGCCACUGUAAUGAAGUCCAGGUGUGCAUACAUGGUACAUGUGCAUAUCCAGUUUGUAGCUGCACACAGAACAGUGGCAUGAGAGCAUCCCACAAAUGCACCAGGAUGAGCAGCGCAGGCUGAUGCCUUCCCAGGAGGUACGAGGGAGCCUUCUGCAGCUCCACCUCUUAACUUCUGCAGAGAAGCUCCUUUAUCUGCCUGUCUCUUACUCAGUUGUGUUACUCUAGACAAUCCACAAGUACAAUUGAAGUUUUAAAAAAAUUCUCCUCAAAGGAAUCUCUAUAUUUUUUAAAAAAGAAUAUGUGCUGUAAAUAGAAUGGGUCCUUACCAUUGGUAAUUCAUCCAUGUUAGAUUUGACUGUGUUUAAUUAAGUCCUCCAGACAUUCAGACAUGUUUAACAGGAGCUGAUGGCUACACUGAGUCCUGUACAGAUGAUCUGACAUCUAUUCUUGGAGAACCAGGGUCAGGCAGGGAGACGCUUACACAAAAUCCGUCACCUUACAGUGGGUGAUUUUUACCACUCUCCCUGGGAAAGACUCCAGACCUAUCAAGCUACAGUAGGUAGUUUUAAAUCAUGACAAGGAAAUGUAGUGCACUGCUCCCAGUCAUGUGCUCCUAAGCACACUUGCUCACUUAUGCAAAUCAACGUGGCACAUCAGAACACUUUUGCAAAGAGGCUCUCAGACUGACACUGGCCUUGCUGCUGGGUGACCGCAGCCGUCAGGCAGCAGCAGCCUGUUCUCACAGGAGCUCUCUGUGUUCCUCAUUCCCAGCAGCCCAGUCCAGCACAUUCCAGUGGGUGAGACGCCAGAGCCAGUGCAGCUCUUGGCGGGGUGCUUGCUCACAGGUCAGGGGCUGCGAGCCUGACUGCAUUAGACUGAUGGCAGGAGCGGUGAGAGCGCCAGCUGCCAGGGCUGCUGCCAGGGAUUGAGCAGUGCUGUACCUGACUGCAGUGAACACAGCACCUGUGUCCUGCAGCCUGCUGCAACUGAAACAUGCUCUCUUUACGUUGACAGCUGCAGUUAAGGGUAAAAUUGAAGUUGGAUUUGGAGUUGUGGAAUUUACUAACCAGUUUUGUUUUCUUCAAGUUUGUGGUAUUGAACUCUGGGCCUCAGAGUGGUACUAAAAGGUGGUGUUGUAGUUAAGUAUCUGUUGGAUUCACAAUUAAACUGUAUAAAUCUGCAGCAUGCAAUUGGGCCCAACAGGAAUACUGCCUGUUCCAAAAUGGAAGAUUUCACUGUGUAACUUACUGGUUUAUAAAAAUGCAUUUUAGAUGCAUUUAGAUGAUCUCUUUCCUGAUUAAAGCUUUCCUCUCACCAGAACCUUAUGAUGGUUUGGGUUUUUGUUUACUUGUGGCUUUUUAGCAUGAGGACUUGAUGAACAUGCCCUUUAGUGGAUUUACACACAGAUGUAUUUGUAGGAUAAAACCAUGUUAAGUUACUAAGGAGUCUUCUAGACAGUGCGUGCACAGAGCUGUAGACUGGACAAGCAGCACCUCUGUCUUGAGCUAAGGAUGUUUUAAAAAGUUUGUGAGUGCUUCAGUAAGUGACUGAGGCACGACUGGGGCAGUGAUAAGACAGGCUGAAUUUCCUACAUAACUGUAACAAUUUGCUUCUGGCUUAGUAAUAACUGUAAUAGUUAUAACAAGAAUCUGUCUUGUGCUUUUUACAGCCAGAUGCUGAGCCAGAUUUAUUUUUCAGAGUGACUGGAAAAUUGGUGGUUUAUCUGACUUGAUACCAUGGGUCUGCCAUGAUUCUGGUUCUUGCCUGUGGACUGUAUCAAUAACUCACCUCAAAAUGGGAAAGCAAACUGUAUUCAUUUACAAAUGGGUAAUACGUGAAGGAUGGUAUUGUGAUUUUUCACUCAUUUUCUAAAUCUGAAAUUACUCUUUCAUUCAGAAUUCUUUGUAUGUGAAUACCUUCUGUUUAAAUUUACACUGGUUGUUGCAUGUGUUUAUAUACCUAAUUAUGACAUUAUUUCCUUUGAAAUGGUUGGGUUUACGAACAACAGCAUUAUUGCUUGAUCUCAGGAAGUCUCAAACUGACUGCAGUCAUCACUGUACUUCUGGGUAUGAAGGCUCUACACAUUAGAUCUGUGUAAGCAACAUGAAACUUAAAAUGCAAGUGUAAGAGAGGAAAAGGUUAAAGACUGCACUGCACAUGGGCUUAGCUAUGUGCCACUAAACACAGGCAUCAAAUCUAGGAGAAGUACACUAUGUUUCCAUCACAUCAUUCAAUUACUGUGUUUAUUAACUAUGAAUGUAAUGGAAAACACAAUUGUCAGAGAGGUACUGUGAAAAUACAGUAGUCUACUUGUGUCUAAGCUUUCUUGAACUAAGGAGGAAAAAGUCAGAAAUUGGGUACAAAAUUUGUAAAACUGAGGAACAGAGGUAGGUCUGCAAAACUAACUGUGCUUACUACACAUUCUCAGUGUCUAAAUACCAUUAAAAUGUCAGGUAUUGAUUAACGUUUUUUGUAGAGAACAUGUCGUCAGAUUCCCUUACUUCAGUGAGUGUCACGGAAUUCUGUGGAUGACCUUAUUUUUGAGGCUGGUUGCAGUACGUUGCAGAGUUGUCACUCCUUGGGGUGGAGACCUGUCAGUGUGCCAAUAAAUAGUGGAGCUGCUGUUCUGACACUUACUUAAUACUUGUGUUGUCUAUGUCCUGUGCUGACAGGCACAGCUCAUGUUUCCUGACAUCAGAACCUUAUGCCAGCCUCAGACUUUCAGCCUCAGAUUUAUAAAUCCUAUGGAUUAUUUUAAGUCUCUACUACUGCUGAAAAUUAUUUGGUCUCUCCUUUCAUAUGAGAUGCUGAUCAUCUCCCUGGUGAUUGCUGAGGGGUUAUUGUGGUGUUUUUGGCUGAUGAUCAUGCUGAAAACUGCCAUGAUUCCUUCUUCUCUUGGACUUGCAAGGGGAAUGCAGAAACAGCUGUGUGAGGAUGGGCUCCUUUGUGCUUUUAGAAGUUGGAGAGCUUGGGGAAAAACGAUGACUAACUUGCAUCUUCGUUUCUGGCUUAACUAAGCAUCUGUUGAAAGGAAUGUGAAUGGUAACUGCAGUCUGAGUGUGUCAGGCUGCCUUAUUCCCUGACCCUUCCGUCACUGAUCCCUGGAGUUGCUGUGGUUGAUAAAGGUAACUGACUGGUUAACCGGUCUCUCCAGCCUUUGUGCAGGAAUCAUCUGCUCCACGUUGAGUGUGAGUUGGGGCUUAUGACUUUGUUUUGAAGGGAAUGUAACGCAUCCCAAAAUUUGUAAAAAUAACUGUAAAUUGUAUUUUUCGAAUGAUCACUUUUGGCUGCCAUCCUUCCCACAUUACAACUGCUUUCUUAAACACUUGUCAUUGAUUUUCAUGUUUGUAUUAAAACUAUUACAGUAUGUCUGUUUUUACUCUCUUGUACAGGACCGUGAGCACUGCACAAAUAAACU